AUGGGCUCCUACGUUCAGGGUGAGGAUGAAGUUCCCGUCUAUGAAUCGGGUGCACAUGCCCUGCAGAAGCUGCAAGAGAAAUGGAAGUCCACGGCGGCGCCGUACCCGGCCAUGUACUCGAGCUUCUUGGGCGGGAUCAUCCUGGACCCGGCCAUGAUGGCCCUCCCCAUCGACGACCACAUGGUCCACCGCGGCCACGGCGUCUUCGACACGGCCAUGCUCCUCGACGGCCACCUCUACGAGCUCGACGCGCACCUCGACCGCUUCCUGCGCUCCGCGGCGCAGGCCAAGGUGGGCACCCCGUUCCCGCGCGACACGCUGCGCAGCAUCCUCGUGCAGAUGACGGCGGCGUCCGGCUGCCGGAAGGGCUCCAUCCGGUACUGGCUGAGCUCCGGCCCGGGCGACUUCCUGCUCUCCUCCAGCGGCUGUCCCGGCCCGGCCUUCUACGCCGUGGCGAUCCCGUCCGACUACGCGCAGUGCCGCGACGGCGUGCGCGCCGUGACCACGUCGGUGCCCAUGAAGCCGCCGCUGUUCGCCACCAUGAAGAACGUCAACUACCUCCCUAAUGUGCUGUCCAUCAUGGACGCCGAGGAGCGCGGCGCGUUCGCGUCCGUGUGGGUGGACGAGCAGGGGUACGUCGCCGAGGGGCCCAUGGUGAACGUCGCCUUCGUCACCCAGGGCGGCGAGCUCGUGCUCCCUGUGUUCGACAAGAUCCUCAGCGGGUGCACAGCCAAGCGGAUGCUGGCGCUGGCGCCGAAGCUCGUGGAGGCUGGCCUGCUCAAGGGCGUCAGCACCCAGCACAUCACCGCCGACGACGCCAAGCGCUCCGUGGAGAUGGCCUUUGUCGGCAGCGGCCUGCCCGUGCUGCCCAUCGUCGAGUGGGACGGCCAGCCCAUCGGCGACGGUAAGCAUCACCCGCUCUCAAAGCUGAUCGAUUGUUUUUGGAACAAAUUGGAUCGUUGCGUUUGGUUGGUUAAUUCGUGUGUGUGCGUUGAUGUGAAUGAUGCAGGGAAGGUGGGGAAGCUGAUGCUGGCGCUGUCCGAUCUGCUCUGGGAGGACAUGAAGUCCGGGCCGGACAGGGUCGCCGUUCCAUACAAGUGA